AUGAAGCUUUUACUCGUUUUCGCAUUUUUGGCUCUUGUUUGUUUGGCUCGAUCGGCACCAUCGGCAAUAAGUAAACCACGACAACUCAUUCUUCCUCAUUAUGAUGAAGAUGAAGAAAUUAAAAUACACAUAGAUGAAGAUCAUACACAUGGCAUCGAUACUGAAGAUGCCGAUGAUGCUGAUGAAGAAGAACCAUCAACAACAACAACAACAACAACGACUACAACAACUCGUCGUGCACCUUAUGCAUUUCCAACAAGAGAUCGUAAUUUAAUACCUUCACGACGACCUAUUCGAACACAACGUCCAACAACUCGUCAAACAACAACAACUGUUGCUAUUGAUUAUGAACAAAACGACAAUGAAUAUGAUGGUGAUUACAAAUAUGUUCGAGAUUUUCGUAAAUAUAUUCAACAAUUAGUCGAUGAUAUUAAAAAAGUCAUUCGAAAUCUGACUGGUAUGGAUUUGACUGAUACACCUCGACGACAACAGUAUCCUGAACAUGAAGAUUAA